GAAAGGUCGAAAGCAAGCUUCUGCUCGUCCAUCGUAUCCACCUAGUUGCUUUGCUGCUCGUGUUAUGCAGCAGAGGUUAGGGAAUAGCAAUUUAUUGGACUGAUGAACAUCAGCCAAAUUAUCAAAGAAUAAAUCGGACCACUCGAACAGAAUACCCGCAAAGAUGUUAGAAGUUAGAACGCUACUCCGCUCGGUGCUGACAGUCAAAAAGUUACCAGUAAUGUCGUCGCAGAUCGCUGGAAUGAAAUAUUUUCCACCGCCUAAAAAAUAUGAAAACAUAGAGUACCCCGAAAGGUUGAAGUUAAAGAUCAUGGAAAAAGUUCCACAAUUACCUUCCAAUAUAAAACCUCCAAAAAUGCAGAAGCGGCUGCGAUAUAUGCGAGGCCCUGAAACAGUGCAUAACCAGCUAAUACACAAGCAGUAUGGGAUAAUUGCCACUGGAGGUGGGAGACUCAGGUAUGAACACUUUGAAAUAAUUCGAUUGGGAAUAAUUCGAAAAAUGGUACCCAAUCGAAUGUUUGCCAUUUGGAGGGUGGAUGCUCCGUGGCAGCCAGUAACGAAAAAGGGCCAGGGUCAACGAAUGGGUGGAGGAAAAGGAGCGAUAGACCAUUACGUUACUCCCAUAAAAGCUGGUAGAGUGAUAGUCGAAAUGGGUGGUCACUGCGAGUUUGCCGAAGUGAAGAGAAUGUUAGAACUCAUAGUAAAUAAAUUGCCAUUCGCUGCUGAAGUUGUUAGUCAGGAAAUCUUGGACAAGAAAUACGCAGAGGAAGAACGAUUGAACAAAAUCAAUUUGAACACAUGGAAUUUCGAGUACAUUAUUAAGAACAAUAUGGGAGGCUGCGGCAAAUGGUUGUCUCCAUUUGAUCAUCGUUGGUUCGGAAAGUACCGAUGAUUCUUUUUUGCAUGAAUCAAAAGUUACUAUCCACUGACUACUGUCAACCUGUAGAUAAAUUUUGUUAAUAAUAAAACUCACGAAACAAAUAA